AUGAUGUAUCAUCAUGAGGAAUUAAUGCACGAGUGGAUUACAUGUGUCUAUACCUUUACAUGUGUCUUCACCUCUGCUCAUACUAUCUAUGUGUUCGUUUUCUGCUUCUUUUCUUUUGACAUAUCAACGUUUUCCACCGACUGCCUUUUGCCAUAUCACGACCGCCGCCACAGUCGGCACGGCCCAACCUUACCUCGCCUCCAGAUUUUGGUUCACUACAUAUAUGCCGUCCUUCCGCAAUCCAUUUGCUUCCCUCUCAUCCCACCUCCACCGUCGCCUACCUCCGUUAGGGUUCGCCAUCUAAUCUCAGCAACUUCCAGUACCCGUGUACACUUGUUGCUGGGCACCACCACUGUCGUAUUCAGGGCCGGCGACAUGGAUUUCCGGAGAUGA